AUGAAGUUUCAUGCUGAUAAGCAUAGGUUAGAAAGGUCAUUCUCGAUUGGGGAUUGGGUGUACUUGAGGUUACAACCUUAUAGGCAAAAGUCCAUUACCCAUAAGACCUUUAAUAAGUUAUCUCCAAGGUUUUAUAGUCCAUUCCAAGUGCUACAGAAGAUAGGGGCAGUUGCCUACAAGCUAGAUCUACCUCUUGGCUCUCAAAUUCAUCCUGUAUUUCAUGUUUCAUACCUUAAGGCUAAGCUUGGACAACAGGUGACACCAUGUUCUACUCUUCCAGCAGUGAACUCAGAAGCUUCAGCAACAAUUCCCUCAUCUUGUGGGCAAGGUGCUUUAAAGGAGGGGCAAUUAUUAGGAGACCAGCUAAGUUUGAUCAUGAUGAUUGUAAUUGGGAAGAUUGAUUCAGUUUGA